UUGAACGCUCCACCGUGCACAGAGAGCCAUCGUCGUCAUCCUCUUCAAAAUCAUUUUCGCCUGUGAUGGAGCAAAAGCAUGCAGAUGUGGUCCCGUACCACCAACACCUGCCACCUCCCCAACACUACCAUCAUCAUCUUCACGCCGUCUCGUACCCGCCUCAUCACCAUGGUGACGGAAACAUGGCUGCCGUGAAGAAGGAGCAGGACGCCAUCUACGGCCACACCCUGUUCCCGCUGCUUGCGUUGCUGCUGGGGAAGUGCGACCUGGCCACAUGGACGUUGCGGCAGGGGGGAUGCGGGGGGACCGCGGAGGACGUCUGCUCCUCGCUCUCCUUCGACGACGACAUCAGCGCCUUCGCCGAGCAGGUGAGGGCAUCACAGAAGUUGUUUUCGUGUCAUCCUGAGCUUGAUCGUUUGAUGAUCCAAGCCAUCCGAGUGCUGCACUUUCACCUCUUGGAGCUGGAGAAGGUUCACGAGUUGUGCGACAACUUCUGCGCUCGUUACGCCAGCUGCCUGAAAGGAAAUAUGCCGAUCGAACUGGUGAUUGAUGACGAGGAUAACCACAAUCUGCUAACGAGUAGAGAUGACGACGACAUAAAGACGUCUUUUUGGAAGCCGCCGCUCAUGCUACAGGGUCACCAUAGCGACAAUGGCAGACAUGCAGGCAACGACGUGGGUGAGAGCGUGGAGUCUCCCAGCACGGGCGACAACGACGGCGGCUGCGAUGUGACCGACGAGCGACACGACCACAAGAAACGAGGCGUCUUCCCCGAAGUGGCCACCAACAUCUUGAGGGCGUGGCUCUUCCAGCACCUGGUGCAUCCAUAUCCGUGCGAGGAUGAGAAGAAACAACUGUCACAUGACACGGGUCUGUCCAUCCUGCAGGUCAACAACUGGUUCAUCAAUGCCAGGCGGCGAAUCGUUCAGCCAAUCCUUGACCAGAACAACCGUCCUGAAGGCCAGACUGGACCACAUGGUGCCAAUGGUCAACCAAUACGACGACUUGCUAUGGACACACACACACACGUAACGGUCACAGCACCUGGGCUAGUGGGUGGUGUUGCCAUGGCGAUGGAGGACCAGUGGCACUGCAUGUAACACAAGCCAUCAGUAUGACCCACUGCUUGAAAUAUCUGAAAUUAAUGGAAAUUCCAUUAAUCUAUUCCAGCUCCCCCCACCCAAAAUACAAAAAUGUUUUUUUAACAGGAAAUAUAGCACUCUUUAAUACGGUACUUUAUUAAAGCAUAUGUA